GCCCUGGAGUUGUCGGGCAGGGAGGCCGUUUCCUUCUCUUCUACUGUGUUGGAACAGCCUUUGGCAUCCCUGCCAGAGCGAGAGAGACAAAGAUGGCAAUGGCUGCAGAAGACGAUGAGUUCUACCUUCGAUAUUACGUGGGACACAAGGGGAAAUUUGGCCACGAAUUCCUUGAGUUCGAGUUUAGGCCAGAUGGCAAGCUUCGAUACGCCAACAAUUCCAAUUACAAGAACGACACCAUGAUCCGCAAGGAGGUCUUCCUCACCCCUGCCGUCCUUAAGGAGUGCCGUCGUAUCAUCUCAGAGAGCGAGAUAAUGAAGGAAGACGAUGCCAACUGGCCAGAACCAGACAGGGUUGGGCGACAAGAGCUUGAGAUUGUGAUGGGUAACGAGCAUAUCUCCUUCACUACCUCCAAGAUUGGGUCGCUUGUUGAUGUCCAGAGUAGUAAGGAUCCUGAAGGACUUCGCAUCUUCUAUUACCUUGUUCAGGACUUGAAGUGCUUUGUCUUCUCUCUUAUCUCACUACACUUCAAGAUCAAGCCUAUUUAAGUGUACUUGUGCUGUCCAUUCAAUUUGUAUGAAAGGGGUUUAUUUUUGAUAUUUUCUGUCUUUUGCUGGUAGGAUUUGAUGUUUAAGUGACUUGAUAGUUUUAUUGCUUCUCGAGAACUGUUUGAGGCUGUGCACUGAUGUAUGGGCAUACGGUUUCAUUGAUUGAGAAUAUUUUCAUGAAUAGGAAUGCUUCAGUUUUAUUGAAGCUUCAUUUUCAUCA